CCUUGGAGGGAGGGGGGCAGGAAGUGGGGAGGGGGGCACCGAGAAAAAAAAAGAGAGAGAGAGAGAGAGAGAGGAAGAAGAAGAAGAAGAAGAAGAAGGCCAGGACUCGAAGAAACAAAGGCCAGGACUCGAAGCAGAAAUUAUCUCCUUGGCUAUUGGAUUGUGAUUAUUAUUAUUAUUAUUAUUAUUUAGAGAGAGAGAAAGAGAGAGAGAGAGAGAGAUUGGGGUGAAAGUGCAAAAGGAAGUGGACGGACGGGGCUGCCAUCUUGGAAAGAGAAAAAAAAAAAGCAACGCGGGAGGGGGACAAAGAAAGAAAGAAAGAAAGAAAGAAAGAAACACAGGCCUCCAUCUUGUGCCGAGACCCCCCUUCUUCUUCUUCCGCCCGCCUGUCCGUCCAUGGAGGCCCCUCCCCCCCCGGCGGAGGCCCCGCCCCCGGCCCCGCCCCCCUCAUGCUACACCUACCAGGUGAGCCGCCACAGCGCCGACCUGCUCCAGGGCCUCAACCAGCAGCGCAAGGCCGGCGGCCGCUUCUGCGACGUGCUCCUGCGGGUGGGCGAGGAGAGCUUCCCCGCCCACCGGGCCGUCCUGGCCGCCUGCAGCGAGUACUUCGAGUCCGUCUUCGGCGGCGGCGGCGGCGGCGGCAUCCACGAAGGUGAGGGCGGGGCAACGUCGUCGGCGUCGUCGGCGUCCUCGUCCUCGGUGCCGGCGUCGUCCCCCCCUCCGCCCGCCCCGCGCGCGCCCCCCCGGGAGCUGGAGAUGCACACCAUCAGCUCCAAGGUCUUCGGCGACAUCCUGGACUUCGCCUACACCUCGCGCAUCGUGGUGCGGCUGGAGAGCUUCCCCGAGCUGAUGACGGCGGCCAAGUUCCUGCUCAUGCGCUCGGUGAUUGACAUCUGCCAGGAGGUCAUCAAGCAGUCCAACGUCCAGAUCCUGGUCCCGCCCUCCGCCCGCCCCGACCUCAUGCUCUUCCGCCCGGCCGCCGAGCUGGGCUUCCCGCUGGACAUGAGCAACGGCAACGGCAUCGCCGGGAUGAGCAGCGACGACGGGGCCGCCCUGCUCACCGCCUUCCCGCCGCCGCCGCCGCCGCCCUCGUUGUCGUGCUCGCCGGGGAAGCGCGGGCGGGGCCGGCCGCGGAAGGCGAGCGUGCUGGACUCGGUGAUGUUCAGCGCCCCGGGGGGCCUGCGCGAGGCCGGGAUCCUGCCGUGCGGCCUGUGCGGGAAGGUCUUCACCGACGCCAACCGCCUGCGCCAGCACGAGGCCCAGCACGGCGUGACCAGCCUGCAGCUCGGCUACCUGGACCUGCCGGGCCCCCCCGCCCCCGCCCCCCCCCGCCCCCCCCGCCGAGGGGCCCGGCCUCGCCCAGCCGGUAGUGAGCCCGGCCGGAAGCGCAGCCGGACGCGCAAGCAGGUGGCCUGCGAGGUCUGCGGGAAGAUCUUCCGGGACGUCUACCACCUGAACCGGCACAAGCUCUCGCACUCGGGGGAGAAGCCGUACUCGUGCCCGGUGUGCGGCCUGCGCUUCAAGAGGAAGGACCGCAUGUCCUACCACGUCCGCUCCCACGACGGCUCCGUCGGGAAGCCCUACAUCUGCCAGAGCUGCGGGAAGGGCUUCUCCCGGCCGGACCAUUUGAACGGGCACAUCAAGCAGGUCCACACCUCGGAGCGGCCUCACAAAUGUCAGACGUGCCAGGCCUCGUUUGCCACGCGUGACCGGCUGCGCUCGCACCUGGCGUGCCACGAGGACAAGGUCCCGUGCCAGGUGUGCGGGAAGUUCCUGCGGGCAGCCUACCUGGCCGACCACCUGAAGAAGCACAGCGAGGGGCCCAGCAACUUCUGCACCAUCUGCAACCGCGGUUUCUCCUCUGCCUCCUACUUAAAGGUCCAUGUUAAAACCCACCACGAUGUUCCCCUUCCCCAGGUCUCCCGGCAACCGGAGCCCCUCCCGAAUGGGGCGGGGCCAGCCGCCUGCCUCCACAGCGCCAGGACCUAUGGCAUCAAAGGCCUGAAAUGCUCCCCUUUGGACCCGAUUGAGGGCGCCGACCCCGACCCCUACGGCGACCUCCCGGACGAGCUGAAGGCGGGCCCCGACCCGGACGCGCUGGAGGCGGUGGCGGCGGAGCGGCGCUUCCCGUGCGUGGAGUGCGGGGGGGUCUUCCGCUCGAAGGCCUUCCUGGCCAAGCACGUCCACAAGGCCCACCCGCGCCCGGCGGGGGGGUCGUCGUUGGUGUCGUCGGGGGUCGCGACCCUGGCCGACCUGGGGGCGUCGCCCUUCUCCCCGCAGCAGAGCAUGUCCCUCCUCGAGUCCUUCGGCUUCCAGAUCGUCCAGUCCGCCUUCGCCUCCUCCCUCGUCGACCCCGACGCCGACCCCUUGCACCAGGCCCCGCCCCUCGGGGGGCACGACAGGAAGUGACCCCUCCCCCCCAAAAAAUACGUUUGUUUUUCUAAUAUUUCUACAUAAAUAAACAACUUGAUUAAUUAACAUGUUGAGAGUUCGAAUCCUGAGUCCCUGCCCCCCUCCUGUUUGACCCCGCCCCUCCCUGUCAAUCAACAUUUUGAUUGACAGACGAGGGGAAAAAUAUGGAAAUAAUAUUAGAAUUUCAAUAAUAAUUCUUUAGGCCCCGCCCACUUCGUCACUCCACCACUUGACUCCUCCCUUUGAAAGGGGCGGGGUCACAUUUGAUUGACAAGCAAAAUUCUAGAAAUAAUAGUAAAAUGUUGAUUUUAUGCAUACCCGAAUUUCAGUCGCAAGUUAACGAUGGAACGUUAUCUUUCUUGUUGAUUAGUUGAUAUGAAUUUUCUAAUUAGUUAGCUAAUUAUGAACUGAAUAAUCAGUUCAACCGAUUAAUAGAAAUUAAUAUGAUUAAUUCAACUGAUAUUGAUUAGCUAAUUAAUUAGCGAUGGAUUGCAAGCUAAGUAGCUAAUUGAUGUUGGUUAUUGUAAUUAAUUAAUAUUAAUUAGGUAUUUAAGUGGCGGUUAAUCACUCGUUAAUUAGCCAAUCAAUACCAAUUAUUAAUAAUUUGUUCCUGAAUUCGCUAAUUAAUUAGCCAAUUAAUAAUUUUGUUGAUAGCUAAUUAAGGUUAAUUAAUUAUUGCUAUUCUAUUUUAUGGUUUUUUUCUUAGCUACUGAAAAGGAAUUAAUUUUUUUAGAUGUAUAAUAAUACUAAAUGGUUGAUUUUUUUGUCUUCCUUUUUAAUUAAUGGGAUUUAAUUAAUUAUUAGGAGGAAACGAUUAAUGUCUUUUAUAUUAUAUUAUUAUAUAUUAUAUAUGUAUGUAUAUAUUAUAUCUUAUCCCAAAACGCACUCGGGUUGGAAAAUAUAUUCCUGGUUAUUUGUUUUAAUAAGGAUUUUGUUUGUUUGGUUUUUCCUCUCUCUUUUUUUUUGUUUAUUUCUUGACAAAACAUAUGUAAAUAUAUAUUAAAAAAAUUGUGUUUUUUUCCCGGAGUUUUCAAUUAAAGGCUUUAUAUAAAG